CAACUCUCAGUUUCAACAAAGUUUUCAAAGUUCACAGGUAGGUAUCAGUCUUAUUUCAACCCCUGUCCCUUCCGCUGUUGUCGACGCUACAGUAAGGUCAUUAUUGAACGGUCAUGAUUCCGUCCCCCAUUCUCUCCAAACACACAUAUUGUCACUUCUGGUUACUGGGUCUUCUCAUAUUGAUUCCUUCUUGAUUAAAUACUUUCUAUGCCGCCUUUCUAAUUCUGUCUCCCAAUUUUCUCUUCCUUUUCUCUUCUCUAAAGUUUCAUACGUCAUCAAUCGACCCAGCACACUAAGUCCUCUCAGCCCGGAUCCUACCCAGAUAUCCGCACAAGUCUCCUAAUCCGGAAUUUAUCAUACGACAACAUCUUUUCAACCAAGCCUCAACACCACCCCAAGCUCAUCCCCACCCAAUCCGAACGGCCAUAAUGUCAACAACCGAACCCUCGACCUACACCCCCUCCAUCCCCUCCAACCCCAUCACCCGCACCACCCCAACCAUCCACAUAGAACUAACCCCCCACCCCCUCAACCCCUCGCACGCCACACACUUCGUCCGCUCCCCCAGCGCCGGCGCCACCGUCCUCUUCAUCGGCACCACGCGCGACAACUUCAACGACCUCCCCGUCGCCUCCCUAGCAUAUACCUCGUACACGCCCCUCGCCAUGGCGACCCUGUACUCCAUCGCCGAGCACAUGCUGCAGAAGCACAGCCUCGUCAAGAUCGCCAUCGUGCAUAAGCUGGGCGAGUGUCCGGUUGGCGAGGAGAGUAUCGUGAUUGCGGUGAGUGCGGCGCAUCGGCGGGAGGCGUGGCGGGCGGGCGAGGAGGCGCUCGAGGAGACGAAGAGGCGGGUGGAGAUUUGGAAGUUGGAGAGGUUUGUUGGCGGGGAGGGGGUGUGGAGGGCGAAUAGGGAUGGGGUGAUGGGGAGGAGGGUUGAGGAGGAGGGGGAAGGGGAAGGGGAGGGUGGGAAGGAGGGUUGA